AUGGAAGAGAUCUUAGCCAUUGAUUUUGGUACUACCAACUCAGUAGUAUUUGCAUAUGCAAAAAAUGAGGUGAAACAAAUAUGGAACAAUCAAAAUUCGGGAGACUACUUAUUUCCUUCAUUUGUAGAUUACACUGACAAGGGAGUGGUUGUUGGAAAUGCAGCCAAACUUUUUAUUGGAAAAAAGGGUCAUUUUGUGGUUACCUGUGUUAAACGAUUGAUUGGAAAAGCAUAUGACGAAUAUUUGAAGUUGGAAAAGAAGGAUAUAUUUGGAUGUGAUGUUGUUCGUGGUGAUGAUGGUUAUCCAUAUUUUGUCGUCAGCGAAGAUGCUACAAAGAAGGUUAGUUGUAUAGAUGUUGCCUGCGAAUUAUUUAAGUGGAUAAAAGCAAGUGCUGAAACAAUUUGUAAACGAACAUUUACCAAAGCUUAUGUAACUAAGCCAGCGAAUUACCUUGAUAACCAAGUAAAAGCAAUUCGUGAAGCUGCAAGAAGAGCGGGCUUAAAAAUCGACAAAAUGAUCAAUGAACCAACAGCCGCAGGAUUAUCAUGGUGCGUCGAAACAAAAGAAAAAUCACCAGGUAAAUUGAAGCCAGAAGACAAAAUACUGGUAGUUGAUUUUGGAGGUGGAACAUUGGAUUUCUCAGUCAUACGCUAUUUAGGAAAUGACAUAUUUAACGUGGAAGAUAACAGCGGUAAUCCUAAUCUGGGAGGAAAUGAUAUAGAUUAUGCGUUAAUGCAACUUAUUCUUGAUAGACUUAAAAAUAAUUUUGGAGUUGACAUAGAAAAGAAGAUAAUGAAAAAGUGGAGACUUGCAAAAAUAAGAAAUGUGUGUGAAGAGCAAAAAAUAAACGUCAAUAGCGAAACAAAGGAUGCUGAUUUUUAUGAAAGAUUUCUACAAUUAAAUGAAAGUCUUGUUUUCGAAUUUGAUGUUGCUGAUUUUUUAAGCUCGAGCGAUGAUUUACCUGAACCUACUAUAAUGAUUCCAUUUAGAGAGGUAACUGAAGCGUAUAUGAAUUGCUUGAAAAAUGCUAUUAAACCUCUGAGGGCUAUUAUUGAUAAGCCAGGCCAAAGACUAGACGAGAUAUCGUAUGUUCUUCUCGUUGGAGGUUCUUCUCGACUAAUGGCGUUCCAUCAAUUGCUCUAUCGUGAGGGACUCAAACGAACAAAGUUCGUAGCAAUUGACCCUAUGACAUGUGUGGCUAGGGGAGCCUAUGAAUUGUCGAAAAUCUAUAAUGAUCCUACUAAUAAAGUGAAAAUGACUGAGAAAAUCGCAAUUUCUUAUGGUUUAAAAUCUGGUGAUAACAAGGUUGUGCUAUUACUGAAAAAGGGAAUGAAGAUUCCCGCUACCUCAGAGGGAGUGAAGUUCAUAAACACGAAUGAUGAACCAGCGAGAAUUGAGAUCAUGGCUUAUCAAUGUGUUGAGGAUGAAGGAAAAUACGAGGUUGAUAUAGAGAAAUGCAGUUUGAUAAAAGCGUGGCAAUUUGAAAAUCCAUUAAAGUUCCGACAACCGAAAGGAGAACAAUUGCUAGAACUGCAAUUCGAGCUUCAUGUUGGAGGAACUCUUCAGGUGACUUGCAAAGAUGUGGCACGCAACAAGCUCCUUCUUGAUGAAGAAACGAACGUGAUUUAUGAAAAUCAAUGA